AAAUUAAUGAAUAAGUUAAGAGAUGAAUUUUCCGACUUAGCCUUAAAAAAUAUAAGUCCUAAUAAUAGUCUCCUGAAUCAACAGCGAACAUGGAAAGCAACAACGAAGAAGAUGACGAUUACAUGGCUGACCUUUCUCGCUUUCUUCCUACCGAUUCUAUUAUUGAUCCUCCAAAUCCAAAGUCUUCUUCAAAAAGGAUUUCUGAAAAGAAAGAUCCUUCAAUAAACUCUUCCAAGAGCCAUUUGAAAGCUCUUAACUGGCAAGAACGGCGAAAAAUUGAAAGAGAAAGAAAGCAAAUACAAGAGGAUGAACAAACAUUAGCAAAAAUUGAAGCUCCAAUACCACAAUCCAACAUUGGGUUUAAGCUUCUCAAACAAAUGGGUUAUACACCAGGUUCUGCUCUUGGCAAGCAGGGCUCAGGCAGGGCUGAACCGGUGGGGAUUGAAAUUCGACGGUCACGAGCAGGUAUAGGCUUAGAGGAUCCCCACAAGGAGAAGAUGAAAAGGGAGGAAAUCACGAUCAAACAGAAAAGGAAGAAUGAGCAGGCUCUGAUGGAAGAAUUUGGGUCUAGGCAGAAAUCACGGUGGCAAAGUAGGAGGAUUAUUGUUAAUUUCAACAAGGCUAAGGCUGCCCUUGACCAAUUGGAGAAUCGGGAUAUUGUGGAGCCCCCGAAGAAUGAGGAUGAUGCAGAGGGUGAAGAUGGAGAAGAGGAGGAAGAAAUAACAGAAGAGGGCUUGCUCGAUGUUUUGAUGAAACUAAGGGAUGAGUUCAAUUACUGUCUCUUCUGUGGAUGCAAAUAUGAAUCAAGUUCUACCCUUUUGGACAACUGCCCUGGAAUCAAUGAAGACGACCACUAAAUUGGAGGUCUCUUAUGUGGACAGCAGAAAUUAUCUUGUUUGUCCUUUUUGUCAAGCAAGUACUGCUAUGAAGACAGAUAAGCUUCAAGUCAUCUCCACCGUUGUGCAACAAUGUUUCGAUACAAGGGCUUUGUAUGCGUGGACUGUGGUGCCUGAAGUUGUCUCUAAUUAUGAUUCUGCUCGGGGGAUUGUCAGAUCUUCAAGCAUAGGUACAAGACUAAACUACCCUAUUGCAGGAUAUAGAUGACUGGGUUAAUAUAUUGUUUGUGAAACCCUCAAUAUGUUUUGGAAUUUUUCGUAGCAAUAAUAGUCGUAAAUUUUAGCAUUUCAGACCAACUAGUUCCAGGGAGGAGAUGGAAUAUCCAUUCCUUCCUACAGAAAACCAGACAGAGUCGCAGAUAGUGUAGAGAAGGUGGAUAUGGAUGAAUGUGUUAAUAUAUUGUUUGUGAAACCCUCAAAUGUUUGGAAUUUUUCAUAGCAAUAAUAGUCGUAAUUUUUAGCAUUUUA